AUGGGCGCGGUGUGCUUCUUCGUCUUCCUGUCCAACUAUGUUACCGUCUCUCUGUCACCAAUUCUUAUUUCCAUAAUCACCGAUUUCAACAUCAGCGUGAAUCAGGCAGGGUACCUUAUAACGCUCAAUCUACUCUUUUUGGGACUUGGAAAUCUCUUCUGGAUUCCAUUAUCUGAAAGGAUAGGGAAACGGCCUGUCCUUAUUGCCUGCGCCUUGACCUACUUUGUUUGCAGUAUCUGGGCUGCAGUUGCGAAAACCUAUGGCACGUUCCUUGGGGCAAGAAUUAUGCAAGGUUUUGGAGCCAGCGCCAGCGAGGCACUCGGACCGGCAGUGGUGGCUGAUCUCUACUUCGUCCACGAGAGAGGCUUGUUUAUGAGCAUUUAUCUUCUCAUAUUUACUGUUGGGGUCUCUCUGGGCGGCAUCUGGUCUGGUCUCAUUGCAAGCUCAACGCCCAAUUGGCACUGGGUCUUGUGGCACGAUACCAUCUUGACGGGGUUUAUGUUUCUAGUCAUUGUGCUUUUUGCCCCAGAGACCAACUUCAAACGUCCCCCUGAGAAUGAGUCUGGAGAAGGAAUGCCGUUGCCUGACCUUGUCAAUCUCCGCAAGAGAGUUAAGUUCAGCUGGAUUAGAUCCCUUAGCGUUACCACUUGGUACGAUAGGGAGUUUUCUAUCUGGUGGCUUUGGUGGAGGCCUUGGCUGACACUUCGCCUCCCUGCGGUUUGGUUUUGUAUCAUUACCUACGGUGUCUCCUUGGGAUGGCAGAUCAUCCAGGCCACUGCUAACGGUGUGAUUUUUCCGGCAAUCUAUAACUUCUCGCCGCAAGGAGUGGGAAAUAUUAGCUGUGCGUAUCUAGUGGCAUCCUUCGUAGGAUGCGCUGCAGGUGGACCAUUUCUCGACUGGCUGACACGAUACAUUACCAAACGCCGUGGUGGCUACUUUGUUCCCGAGUACCGCUUGUGGGCUAUGAUUCCACCAUCUGUCGUAUUUCCAAUUGGCCUACUAAUGUACGGGGGUGGUCUUGAACAUCAUCUGAACUAUAUGAUUCCCAUUGUCGGAAGUGCGAUAGGGUAUGCUGUCCUCUGCGUGGUACCUUCCGUGGGCAUGACCUAUGUGGUCGACUGUUACAGACCUCUUUCUGGUGAGACGAUGACCAUGGUUACGGCGGCAAAGAAUACAUUUGGAUUUGCGCUCAGCUUUGCAGUCUUCCCAUGGCUAGAGAGGGACGGUUAUUUUAAAGCAUCAGGGAUUCAGGUUCUCAUUCAAGCUAUCCUGUUUCUUACUACUAUCCCGAUGUAUAUCUACGGAGCAAGGCUACGACAGUGGACUUCAAAAUUUCUAAUUUGA